CGGGGCGAGCCGCACGGGGCUCCAGUUUCGCCAGCCCCGGUGCUAUUUAAAGGUGUCAGGUGGCUCCGCGGCGGCUCCUGGCCCCGGGUCCUGGCGGCGGCAGUUGGAAGAGCCGAGGCGAGGACGCCGAUCCCGUACUGCGAGGGGAGGCGGAGAGAUGGGGCAAUUGACUAUUGCUAACAAGUUAGCCUUGAUCGAGGAGUAAUCAAUUAUCUGCAGCGGCACUUCUCUCCCUCUCUUUCUCUCUCCUUUCUCCCUUUCUCCUCUCUCUUAUUUCUCUCUGUUCUCUCUCCGCCUGUCUCUCUCUCCCUCCCUCCCUCCCUCUCUCUUCUCUCUUCUCUGCUCCCCCCGUCUCUCUCCUUCUCUCCCUCUCCCUCGUCCUCUGUUUCACUCUCUGUCUGUCCAAUGCAGGCGGCUCUAAGUUGGGAAGCUCAUUAAUUAGCGGGCCGGGGGUAGGAGGAGCUGGCUGGAAUUAGCCUGCCUAAUGCGCCUGUCAGUCCGGGCGCUGCGCCGCGCUCGGCCCGAGCUGUUUGUAAAUUACAUUAGCAGCGCCUUUAUUGCACCCGAACCUCCGGCGACUGAAAAGCCGCCGCCCCCACCCCAAACUGCGAGCCGCGCUCCUGGCGCACCCGCCUCCCACCGGCCUGGCUGCGAUGGCAGCGCUGGCCCGGAGGUCUCAGGCUCUCCGACCCGGGAUUUGGCGCCCGAGAAGGACGGCGAGAGCCCAGCCAGGGAGGUACGCGGCCGCCGCGCGGACCAGCUGAUGGGAUGCCUGACGCUAGAAACUUUCUCUCCAAUCCUCACCACAUCUCCAUUCUAUCCAAGAGGAAACAGGUUAAGAUCUCUGCGCGCUGGUCAGCGCCACAGGUAAACGGUUUUAGCGGCUUCCAGAGACGGAUGGAAAUGAGACCCAAUGAGGGACUUCCGGCAGGUUCUGGGAGAGCCCCUGGGGCGGGACGGGGAGGGCACCAUCCCGGAGGCCCAGCUCGGGAGGUGGCAUUGGCAGGGCCAAGGGAGAAGCCAUCGCUCCCCGAUUUUUCCUCCUUGGAGUCUGUCCAUCUGCUCAUGAGUCUGUCCUGUGCGGCCUACGUCCCCGGAAGGCCUGGACCGAGGGGGGAAGGCGCACGGCCCGCCCAGGGCAUUGGUGAUGGGGGGACCACCCCUCCUCCGCCCCCUCCAGGGGCGCCUCGCCGAGGGCGGGUCCUCCCAGCGCAGAGAGGGCCUGGCUGGGGGGCAGCCGGGCGGCGCCGGCUGGAGGCCCGAGCCUGGGGAGCCCUGGCUGGGCCGGGAGGGGCUGGAAGCCGGGUCCCCGCGGCCCCGUCCCGAGCGCCCGCCGCCAGGUCGCCCCGUGGCAGCCCCGACAGGCCACGCGUCCCUCGACACAAGUCCCAUUACAUCGUAUUUAUGUUUCACUUUAUUGUUUUUUCCCUCUCUUAUUAUUGUCUCACACUGGGGGAGGCAAAGGAUAUAAUAUAUUCAUCUUUAUUAUACCAAAUCUGUGUGAAGCAUUUAAUAAAACGCUGUUUCCACACAGCCAGGGAUAUUAG